UCUCAGGUGUGUCGAUGCUCCUCCCCUCAGCAAGGGCUGGUCAGGCCCACUGGUGGCAGGUGAGGACAGACUGCCUCCUCCGUGCUGCUGUUUGGGACCCAGGCCAAGUCAACAGGCACACUCCCCACCCCACCUCACAGCUGUUCCAGCCUCAGCAGCCAACUGAAUGGAGUAGGCCACCUUGCUUUGGCCACCUCUAGGCCGGGAAGCGGGUGCCUGUGCCUUUAAAUUCUCAGCAGGUUGAAACGGCUGGUGACAUCACUGGUUCCCGGGUGCUGAGGAGCUGGAGCCGGAGCCUCAGGGUGCCCCGGCUGCUGGGGGCUGCAGACAUGGAGGGCCAGAACAGCAGUGGCAGCAGGAAGCUGGGGGCCCGGCCUGGCCUGGGCCCCCUGCCCAUUCCCCAUGGGGUUUCCCAAGCUGGGGCAGCCUCCAAGGUGGAUUCAAGUGUUCAGCUCCCACCAAAGAAGAAUGCAGCUGCAGUGCCCUUGGAACCAAGGUUGGCUCUGGCACCCGUGGGGCCACGAACAGCUAUGCCACCUUCAGAAGGGCCAAGGCUGGCUCUGGCAUCUCCCCGACCCAUCCUGGCUCCACUGUCUACCCGUAGAGGACAGAAAACAAUACCUGCCCACUGCAGCUCCAGCCUGGCCCCAACAUCUGUGGGCCAGUUGGUGAUGUCUGCCUCGGCUGGACCGAAGCCUCCGCCAGUGACCUCCGGCUCAGUCCUGGCUCCAACAUCCCUGGGACAGCUGGGGAUGUCUGCCUCGGCUGGGUCGAGGCCUCCCCAAGCUACUCUGGGGCCUGGGAUGGCUCCAACAUCCAAGGACCAGAAGCAGGUGCCACCUGCUUCUGUGGGACCCAAGCCAGCACUGGCUGCUUCAGGCCUGAGCCUGGCCCUAGCAUCUGAAGAGCAGCCCCCACAUCCCCCCUCCCCCUCCUCCCCAGUGCCCAGUCCAGUUCUGUCACCCUCUCAGGAACAGGCCCUGGCUGCUGCACCCACACCACCAGCCCUAGCCUCUGAGGGAGGGACACCAGCUAAACAGAGGAAUGCUCCCGCCCCUAGACCUCCCCCUGUCUCUGAAGAGCAUCUCCAGCCUCCAGCUCAGGCAUCUAGUCCCGUGGGUGCCCCAUCUUUGAUCCAAUCCCCUCCGGACCCCCGGUUCUCCUCUUGCUUCAGAGCCCGGCCUGAGGCCCCUCGCAGCAGCCCUGAGGAUCCUAUCCUGCCCCAGCCACCCCAGACCCUGCCUCUGGAUGUGGGCCAGGGCCCUCCGGAGCCUGCCACCCGCUCUCCAGGACUUCUGUCCCCCACCUUCCGACCAGGGGCCCCCUCAGCCCAGACCAUGCCCCCACCUCUCCCCAAGCCACCUCGGUCUCCCAGCCGCUCCCCCAGCCACUCCCCCUGUGUCCCACCAGCCCCUGAGGUGGCCAUCCCCAAGCCUGGCACCCAGGGUGUAGGGGCUUAUGGGCACCUGAGCCCCAGCCUUCAGCCCCGAGAAACGCCAAUCCCAGUCUCCACCUCCCCUUCCAAAUCCACCUCGUCAUCCACCUCUUGGUCAGCCCAGCCUACCUGCAAGAGUGACCCCGGCUUCUGGAUCACUGUGGUCACAUGGAACGUGGGCAGUGCCAUGCCCCCCGAUGACAUCACAUCCCUCCUCCACCUGGGCAGUGCCAGCAAUGACGGUGAUGGGGCAGACAUGAUCGCCAUAGGGUUGCAGGAAGUGAACUCCAUGAUCAGCAAGCGGCUCAAGGAUGCGCUUUUCACAGACCAAUGGAGCGAGAUCUUCAUGGAUGCUCUGGGGCCCUUCAACUUCGUGCUGGUGAGCACUGUGAGGAUGCAGGGCGUCAUCCUGCUGCUGUUCGCCAAGUACUACCACCUGCCCUUCCUGAAGGACGUGCAGACGGACUGCACGCGCACCGGCCUGGGUGGCUACUGGGGCAACAAGGGUGGAGUGAGCGUGCGACUGGCGGCCUUCGGGCACAUGCUCUGCUUCUUGAACUGCCACUUGCCGGCGCAUAUGGACAAGGCGGAGCAACGCAAGGACAAUUUUCAGACCAUUCUCAGCCUUCAGCAAUUCCAGGGGCCAGGGGCACAAGGCAUCCUGGAUCACGACCUUGUGUUCUGGUUCGGGGACCUGAACUUCCGGAUCGAGAGCUAUGACCUGCACUUCGUCAAGUUUGCCAUCGACAGCGACCAACUCCACCAGCUCUGGGAGAAGGACCAGCUCAACAUGGCCAAGAACACCUGGCCCAUCCUGAAGGGCUUCCAGGAGGGGCCCCUCAACUUUGCACCCACCUUCAAGUUUGAUGUGGGUACUAACAAAUACGAUACCAGUGCCAAGAAGCGGAAGCCGGCCUGGACAGAUCGUAUCUUGUGGAAAGUCAAGGCUCCAGUUGGGGGUCCCAGCCCCUCAGGACGGGAGAGCCAUCGACUCCAGGUGACCCAGCACAGCUAUCGCAGCCACAUGGAAUACACAGUUAGUGACCACAAGCCAGUGGCUGCCCAGUUUGUCCUGCAGGUGGGUUUCCGUCACUGCAAGGACUACGUGGCGUAUGUCUGGGCCAAACAUGAGGAUAUGGAUGGGAACAUCUACCAGGUGACAUUCAGUGAGGAGUCACUGCCCAAGGGCCAUGGAGACUUCAUCCUGGGCUAUUACAGCCACACCCACAGCAUCCUCAUUGGUGUCACUGAGCCCUUCCAGAUCUCGCUGCCUGCCUCAGAGUUGGCCAGCAGCAGCACAGACAGCUCGAGUGCCAGCUCAGAGGACGAGGAUGACAGCACCCUGGAGCUGCUUGCACCCAAGUCCCGCAGCCCCAGCCCUGGCAAGUCCAAGCGACACCGUAGCCGUAGCCCGGGCCUGGCCCGCUUCCCUGGCCUCGCCCUUCGGCCUUCAUCUCGUGACCGCCGUGGUACCAGCCGCAGCCCCUCGCCCCAGAGCCAUCGCCUGCCCCGGGUGGGCCCCAAUAGGAGCAAUGAUGGCAGUAGCCGGGGAAGUAGUGAGGAGGGACCCUCUGGGCUGCCUGGUCCCUGGGCCUUCCCGCCAUCUGUGCCUCGAAGUCUGGGCUUGCUGCCUGCCUUGCGCCUGGAGACUGUAGACCUCAGUGGUGGCAGCUCCUGGGGACCUGAUCAGGAGACCCCAGCCCCCAGCAGCCUGUCUCCUAGUCCCCAGGGCCAGCAGAGGCUGGAGGAAGGGGGCCUGGGGCCCUGAGGCUGGGGUAGGCAGGUGGGCCCAGGUAGCCCCCACUCUGUCCCAAUCUUCUGCAAACCCACCUGCCUCCCUCUUGCUACUGUUCCAGCUUUAUCUACACCUGCCACUCUCUCCUGGCCAGGGGUGGCCAUCUGGGGUCCCCCAAACUCGGUCCUGGCACCUCAGCUGUGACAAUCAGCAAAGCCCUAUCUGGCUCCCAUCCGGGAUGGGGAGGAAGAGGCACUCCUGGAGGUCACCAACUAGGGAUUAAAUUCUCCAGCAUCA